GCUCCUUGCUAGUACGGGGCGCUCUGAUUGGUCCUUACCGUCCGAACCAAUCAACGGCGGCGGCGUUUGGAGGCGCCGGUGUGAGGAGAGAGCGGCGCGGUUGCAGCCAUGCUUCGCCGCCAGGCCCGUGAGCGACGUGAGUACUUGCAGCGCCGGGCGCAGGAGGAGCGGCUGCGGCGGCAGCAGGACAAGAAGGAACAGCUGCGACAGGCCCUAGAUGAGAACCGACUGCUGCCCACUGAGCUGAGGCGCCAGGCACUGGCCUUGCAGAAGGAGCUGGAGUUUGAGACACCAGGGGAAAGUGGUGUGACAGGCAGCCAGGACGACGAAUACCGGUGGGCAGGGCUGGAGCCCCCCAAGGUGAUGGUGACAACGUCACGCGACCCCAGCGCCCGCCUCCGUGUCUUUGCCAAGGAGCUGUGCCUGGUGAUCCCAGGGGCGCGGCGGCUGAACCGGGGCCGGGCGGAGGUGGGGGCCCUGGUGAGUGCGUGCCGGGCGGCCGGUGUCACUGACCUGCUGGUGCUGCAUGAGACCCGUGGGCGGCCUGAUGGGCUGGUGUUGUGCCACCUGCCCCACGGCCCUACAGCCCACUUCACGCUGAGCGGGGCUGUGCUGAGGCAUGAGGUGGGGGGUCUGGGUGGUGCUCCUUUGGGCGCACCACACAUCUUGCUGCAUCGACUGGACAGCGCACUAGGACAGCGGGUGGGGACCAUCCUUAAGCACCUCUUCCCUGUCCCCCGGCCCCAGACCCGCCGUGUGGUGACUUUUGCCAACGAAGAUGAUGUCAUCCUUGUCCGGAACCAUGUGUACCGGCGCCAGGGGAAGACUGUAGAGCUGGAGGAGGUGGGACCCCGCUUCCAGCUACGCCAGCAGCUCCUUACAUCUGAGCUGGCCUUCUCACAAGGGCAUCCUCAUCCUCCCUUCCACUCUGUCCUGCAGAUCCUAUAUCCCUCCAUUGCAGCACCCCAGGUGAGUGAGCUGUCCCACCACGUUCCAUUAUUUCCAAAGCAUCCCAGCGGUGUCACUGGACGUGGCUCCAUCUCCUGUCUCUGUGUGUUUAGGCUGCAGCACCUCAGCUGUGGCCCCAGGUUGGAGCACAGCCUUGUUCCAGGCAGCCCAUGCAGUGCCCCUGACCAGAAGAGCACUACACGAGGAGCAGUCAGAGCUGUACUGUGAAGAUAGAGGCCCUGCUACCUCAUGGAUUAUUAAGGGUGUAGUUUGCAAACUUAA